AUGAAUCACGCUGACGGGGCCAGUGUUAAUUACCUGAAGUGUGGUGCAACAGAUGGUGCAUAUGCAACCAUUGAUUUUGGUGCAACUAGCAACAAAAGUGUUGACAAUUACUUUGCAAUGCAACGACAGUUUACACCUCGAGGACCACUGAUAAAUUCGGAAUUCUACCCCGGAUGGCUGGUGCUUUGGGGUCAGAAAAAGUCGGUACUUCCAUCAAUAGAUCAAAUAAUGCAAACAGCUGAUUACAUGUACCAACUUGGAGCAAGUUUCAAUUUUUACAUGUUUCAUGGAGGCACUAACUUUGGCUUCUGGAACGGAGCUGAGGUCCUUGCUGCGGUGACCACAUCGUAUGAUUAUUCAGCCCCAUUAAACGAAGCUGGUGAUAUCACUCCGAAGUAUGUAGCCAUAAGAAACUGGCUCGCUAGCAAGCUUGACUGGCCUUAUAAACCUGAUAAAAUACCUUCCAAUAAUUCAAAAAUUGGCUAUGGUAAAGUGAAAUUAAAAAGUGUUUUACCAUUUGGCAAACGUUUCUGGAAAUCAGUACUGAAAGAUCGAAAUUGUCGGAGCACAAAAUAUCCGAUAUCGUUCGAAGAACUCGAACAUCCAUUUGGUUUUGUGAUGUAUCAUACAAAGCUGAAAUUCGGAGGGGUCAAUCUCACGGUACCGUUAUUGAAAGAUCAUGGUUUCGUCUUCAUUAAUAAUAGACCUCAGGGUGCGUUUGUAAAUAUUUUUGGUAAUUAUUCAAAACAUUGGAUGCAUGUUGAAGGUGCUGAACGUGGAGCCCACCUCUGCAUAAUUGUAGAAAAUCGAGGACGACAAACAAUUCCGACUAUUAAUGACUUCAAAGGCAUAUUAUCAAAUGUAACGCUUGACGAGAAGAUAAUAGAAGACUGGCGACAAUGUGGCUUAACAACUAAGUUAAUGACUUGGAUAGCACGACAAGCUUAUGAUUCAAAUCAUUCUGAUAUGAAUUUAAUUAAAUUGUAA